AAGCCAGCUCAGUCCCAACGAUGCGCUGAGCAGCCUUCACCACCCGUUGCAGGUCCUUCCACUCUGCAGCUGGUGUACCACACAGUUAUGCAGCUGGUCAGGGUGCUUUCAAUAGUCGACCGAUAGAAGUUUACCAGCAGUUUUUGUGGAAGCCUGGCCUGUCUCAGUUUCCUCAGGAAAAACAGUCUCUGCUGUGCCUUUUUCACCAGGUUUGAGGUCCAAGUUAAAUGAUUGGAGAUGUUGACUCCAAGGAACCGUAGGUCCUCCACACUCUCCACUGCUUCUCUGUGGAGGGGAGAUGGACCAGCUAGUCUUAUUGCGCAUUUCCACCACACGGUCGGCCUCGGCCACGCUCGGUACUGCUUGGCCGCGUUGGGCCUUAACAGGGCCGGCUCACUUCAUGCUGCGCUUCCAUUACAGUUUAGGAACUGGGGUAGUUACUAUAGUAACGCAGUGUAGGCGGAGCGACGCUGCAUACAACUGCCGUGACGUCAUCUUCAAUGCGACACAACUCACGAAACACGCAACAUUGGAGGAUGUGGAUGCCAUCGUUUCCUUGUUUCUGUGUCUGUGGUGUUUUAUCACAGCAAGAAGGAACACUUUCUUUCGGAAAAGGCGGCUUAUAGCAAGACGUAAUAGAGAAGAAGCUCAUGGGAGACUUAUGGCAAUCGCAGAAAGCGGCAGAGACUACUCCAGCACGACUCAACGCUACUCGAAGUUAGGUCGCCGCCGCAGACCAUGUGUUUGGAUGCUCGACCGAGCUACCGAGUGGUGGGGUGUGAUUGUUCCAUCUUUCACAGACACUCAGUUGGUCGAGAACUUCAGGAUGUCAGAGGAAACCUACGUCUACCUGUGCAACAAACUGCGGCCAGCGAUGGAGAGACAGGACACAGCAUUCCGCAAGUGUAUACCUCUAAAGAAGAGGGUGGCCAUCGCACUGUGGAAGCUUGCGACCGGCUCAGAGUACAGAAGCAUUGGACAUCUUUUCGGAGUGAGCAACACAACUGUGUGCCGGUGUGUGCAAGACUUCUGUGCUGCUGCAGAGACGUUGUUAGUACCGGAACUAAUUUGUUCACCAGACCGGGAGAAGUUUGCAGAAAUGGCCGGCUACACUGAGAACAGGUGGGGGCUCCCACAGUGUGUAGGUGCUAUUGAUGGAUCACACAUACCCAUCUUGGCACCACAGGAAUACCACUGCGACUAUUUCAACCGUAAAGGCUGGCACUCCAUCAUCCUUCAAGGAGUUGUAGAUGGAAAGGGACAUUUCUGGAAUGUGUUUGCAGGAAUGCCUGGGAGCUUGCAUGAUGCUCGGGUUUUGAGGCUGUCCUCAUUGUGGGAGUUGGCCAGUCGAGGCAACUACUUUCCACCUUGCACCAGGAACAUUGGUGGGGUGAAUGCUGGCUAUUACAUCCUGGGAGACAAUGCCUAUCCCUUGCAAAACUGGCUCAUGAAAACGUUCCCUGACAAUAGACAGCUGACAGCAGAACAUGUGAUCUACAACAAGAACAUUUGCAGAGCACGGGUAGUGGUCGAAAAUGCUUUUGGUAGACUGAAGGGAAGGUGGCGUUGCCUCAUGAAAAGAAAUGACUGUGAUGUCAAACUUGUGAAAUCUAUGGUGCUGACAUGCUGUGCUCUGCAUAACCUCUGCGAGAGUCAUGAAGAGGCCUAUGAUGAUGAAUGGGAUGCACCAGCAGCAGCAGUGGCACAAGGUGCAGAGGAGGGGGUCACUGAAAUAAGAGAGGGUUUGAUGCGCUACCUGAAUAGCAAUUGAAAGAUUGUGGGCCAUUAAGGGUAGUGACAUUUUGUUUUGUGUUUAUUAUUACUACAUUGUGUUGAACAUAAAUAAAUAUUUUUUUCUCUUUCACA